AAACAGUGUAUUUUUGCCAUUAAUAUCAUAAUCUCUCUUAUAGUAAUAUCAGCAUUUCAUUUUAUAGGAAUUUGUACUGCAACAAAAAUAUUUACAAAUGUAUCGAUUGGAACACCUGGUAAUGAUGCCCACGUUAUGAAGUACUCUAGCGUUUACCGGACGAUAAUGCGAGAUGGAAUGGAAUCCAUGUUUUUUAAUAGCAAUUAUCAUUUGAUAGGCGAUAAGGCCUACCCUAACAGGAUGUGGUGCAUGGCACCUUUCAAGGAUUUUGGGAAUCUUACUCCAAGACAAAGAACAUACAACUAUCAUCAUAGUUCAACCCGCAUUGUAAUAGAGCACACAUUUGGUCUUAUGAAGGGCAGAUGGAAGCGUUUGAUGAAAGUCAAUACAGAAAUUGCCAAAGUCAGUGACAUUGUACUAGCCAUCUGUGUUUUGCACAAUUUUUGUUAUCUACACAAUGAUGAAGUGAUUAAGAAAAUGAUUCAAGAUAAAAGACGCAUGCCUAACCAACAUGUUUCCAACAAUUAUAUAGACGAAGUCAGCAAAAUACAAGGCGCAGAGAAACGCAAUAGAAUUGUACAUUUGUUCUGAAAACUUUAUUUGUAAGUCUUACUGUGAUAAAUGAAAAAUAUUAUAGGAAUAUCUGGAAUAAACUAUUAUAUUGUCUAA